GAGGAAGAAGCAUUUGAGUUGUUUGAGUACCACUUUGUAUCUGUACAGAGAAAGAGAAAAAGCAAAAGGUCAAAUUGAGAAUCUCUGUGUGUUUGAAUUGGUAACAAAGAAACCUCAGCAACACUCAACACCAUCAUCAUCAUCAUCAUCAUCAUCAAGUGUUAAAAUCAGAGAGACAUAAAGAGAGCGAGUGAGAGAGAAGAGACUCAACUUUUGUUAUAUCCCUGCAUUGCUUCUCUGUAGUUACUCAUCGAUAUUAUUUUUCUUUUCUUUUCGGGUGCUGUGGAAUCCAGCUUCUGGUGAGCACAAUGUUGAUGAGUUGAAUUGCUGAGCAUAGUCUCUGGUGGGAGAUAAAGAGAUUAGCUUAAGGCUCGGUUGGUGUGUGGUGUUGUUUGUUAUGGCGGCAUUGUCGUUUUCAGUGGCAUCCGUGGUGGAAGAUGUGCUUCAACAGCAUGGUACUCGCCUCAAAGAUCUUGAUUUGGAAUCUAGAAAAGCAGAAGAAGCUGCUUUCAGAAGGUAUGAAGCAGCAGGGUGGCUGAGGAAAAUGGUUGGAGUUGUUGCAGCUAAAGAUUUGCCAGCAGAGCCCUCUGAGGAAGAGUUUAGGCUUGGUUUGAGAAGUGGAAUCAUUCUCUGUAACGUCCUUAACAAGGUUCAACCUGGUGCUGUACCGAAGGUUGUGGAGAGUCCUCUUAAUUCUGCACUGAUCCCUGAUGGGGCACCCUUAUCGGCAUAUCAGUAUUUUGAAAACGUGAGGAACUUUCUGGUGGCUGUGCAUGAAAUUGGAAUUCCUACCUUUGAGUCAUCUGACCUUGAACAAGGAGGAAAACCAGCCAGGAUUGUGAACAGCGUCUUAGCACUUAAGUCCUAUAGUGACUGGAAACAAACUGGGAGUAAUGGUGUGUGGAAAUUUGGUGGAACUGUCAAACCCACAGUCUCUGCAAAAUCUUUUGUGAGAAAAAACUCUGAGCCAUUUACUAAUUCUUUGUCGAGGAACUCAUCCAUCAAUGAAAAAUCCAUGAAUGCUCUUACAUCUGAUACUGAGUCUAAUAAAAUGUCCGGGCCUCAUUCUUUGAGUAUGCUUGUUCGUGCAGUACUAUUAGAUAAGAAGCCCGAAGAAGUUCCACUGUUAGUUGAAUCAGUCCUAAACAAGGUAGUGGAGGAGUUUGAACAUCGCAUUGCUAGCCAGGGAGAACAGACUAAAAUUUUAAGAGGUGCUGUGUCCCAAGGCAAUGGAUCUGUAUCAAAGUUUGUUAUGGCAGAUAAAAAGAUGGAUAACAAGAUUCCCUCAGUAACAAAGAAAGAAGGAUUCCUCCAUAAAACCCUUGUUGAGGAUGAGGAAUCAAAAAGGCGACUUUUGAAUCAGCAAGUGCUCUUUGAUCAACAGCAAAAAGAUAUUCAAGACCUAAAGAAUACAAUUCAAACCACCAAAGCUGGUAUGCAGUUCCUGCAAAUCAAGUUUCACGAAGAGUUCUCCAAUCUAGGCAAGCACGUUCAUGGCUUAGCUCAUGCUGCUUCUGGAUAUCAUAGAGUACUUGAAGAAAAUCGCAAACUAUACAAUCAAGUCCAGGAUCUGAAGGGAAGUAUUAGGGUGUACUGUCGAGUAAGACCCUUCUUAUCUGCACAACCAAUUUAUUCGAGCACGGUGGAUAAUAUAGAAGAUGGAUCUAUCACAAUUAGUAUCCCUUCAAAGAAUGGGAAAGGGCGCAGAUCCUUCAACUUCAACAAAGUAUUUGGACCAGCUGCGUCCCAAGCGGAGGUCUUCUCUGAUAUGCAGCCACUCAUUAGGUCUGUUCUUGAUGGUUACAAUGUUUGCAUAUUUGCUUAUGGUCAAACAGGAUCCGGAAAAACUUACACAAUGACUGGACCGAAAGAGAUCACAGAGAAAAGCCAAGGUGUAAAUUACAGGGCCCUAAGUGAUUUAUUUCUUACCGCAGAUCAAAGAAGAGACACUUUUUGCUAUGAUGUGUCUGUUCAAAUGAUUGAGAUUUACAAUGAGCAAGUCAGAGAUCUAUUGGUUACUGAUGGAUCAAACAAAAGGUUGGAGAUUCGUAGUAAUUCUCAUCGAGGGCUCAGUGUACCAGAUGCAUGCCUAGUUCCAGUAUCAUCAACAAGAGAUGUUAUUGAACUAAUGAACCUUGGCCAAAGGAAUCGUGCAGUUGGGGCUACAGCCCUUAAUGACCGUAGUAGCAGAUCACACAGUUGCUUGACUGUUCAUGUUCAAGGAAGAGAUUUAACGUCUGGAACUAUUCUACGUGGAUGCAUGCAUCUGGUUGACUUAGCAGGAAGUGAGAGAGUUGACAAAUCUGAGGCCACAGGAGACAGAUUGAAAGAGGCUCAGCAUAUUAACAAAUCUCUUUCAGCUUUGGGUGAUGUCAUUGCUUCCCUUGCUCAGAGGAACCAACAUGUUCCUUAUAGAAAUAGCAAGCUCACACAGCUACUCCAAGAUUCACUUGGGGGACAGGCCAAGACACUUAUGUUUGUUCACAUCAGUCCAGAGGUUGAUGCUGUUGGAGAAACAAUUAGCACCUUGAAGUUUGCAGAAAGAGUUGCCACUGUUGAACUUGGUGCUGCUCGAGUAAACAAGGAUGGGGCAGAUGUCAAAGAGCUCAAAGAACAGAUAGCGAGCCUCAGAGCAGCAUUGGCACGAAGGGAUGGUGAAUCUCAGCAUUCUCUGUCUGGAAGUUCUGAAAAAUAUAGGACAAUGGCUAGUGAGUCAUCGCCUUAUCAUGCAAACCAACGGGGAGUAGAUAUUGUGAAUGAUCGCCUAGGAUGCCGGCAACCAAUGCUUGAUGUCGGAAACAUAGAGCUUCACAGUAAUACCCCAUUGAGACAAAAAAGUCAAAGCUAUGAUUUUGAUGAGAUGUCUACGAAUUCACCACCGUGGCCACCAGUGAACAACCCUGGACAGAACUACCGGGAGGAUGACAGAGAAACUGGUUCAGGAGAGUGGGUUGAUAAAGUCAUGGUAAACAAGCAAGAUGCAAACAAAACUGACAACAUCUUAGGCUGUUGGGAAGCAGACGGUGGGAACUUAUCCGAGGUGUUUUAUCAGAAAUAUCUCCAAGAUUCUUCUAAAAUGUACUCAGAUGGAUCCUACAACAUGUUCGUGGGGCACAACCAAUUUAAGAGUGCUGGUUCAGAUGACAUGGAUGAUCUUGAUGAUACAACCACUGAUUCCUCGGAGCCUGAUUUGCUUUGGCAAUUUAAUCAUUCCAAGGUUACCACCAUAGCCAAUGGUAAUGGAUCAAAGGCUAGGAGACCUGUCUCUAAGCCAACAAAUAGCCCCAUAUUGAGCAAGAAUAAUUCUUCUCUUGGUCCGUCACCUUCACGAAAACAACCAAAUGGUGUGCUACAUCGAACAGGAAGACAUCCAGCUCCAGUGGACAUGAAACGUAAAACUAGUAGUAAAAAGUAAGCAUGUUAUUAUAUUGGACAUUAUUAUAAGAGUGAUUUUUUGUUUCUUUCAAUUUUUUAGAUGGAGAGCUUUUGCAAUAAUUUUUGGUUGGGUUUAUGCUUGUAAGUUUUGUAAGUUGUAUUUACACAGAUAAUGGAGGCAAUAAUGCCCAUUGCUUCUACCAUUGGGAUCCAUGACGUUUUUUUUUUUUUUCAUCUUACACUGUAGUUUUUAGGUGAUGUAAAAAUUCCAAACCAUUGCAAUGGUCAAGAUUGCAACAAUGAUCUGAUUUGUAAA